AUGAGGCUGUCGGUCAGUGUCCACGGGGUCUGGGAUACGGUUGGCAGCCUCGGCUGGCCCAAGAUGCCUUGGGAGAAGAUUCGCACCGAUGGAAGCGCCGAUGAACUUCGAUUCGCCAGUCUGGAUGUUCACCCGAACGUCGAGCACGCGUUCCACGCCCUAGCCCUCGAUGAAUGGCGCACUGCCUUUUCCCCCUUUCUUUGGGGCAAGAGGGGCAACAGCACGACCCAUCUUCGCCAGGUAUGGUUUCCGGGAAGCCACAGUAACGUCGGCGGGGGUUUUGAGGAUCAACAGAUCGCGACCAUUGCGCUUGCAUGGAUGGCGGAUCAAUUCGCCUCAGUCGGAGUUGAGUUUUCCACCCCAGAAAUGAAGCGAAUUUUCUACACUCUCGAUCCAUCUGUCGAAGCCCGAGAAUGGGGCAAGGGUCGGAUCUCUAGUCCUUCGGCGACGACUGCUAUUCCCGAUAAAGCUUACAACGCGCUCUGGUACCCUUGGCAGACGGUAACGGGUGGGAAUACUGUGGCUGGCACGCGCACACCGGGGUCCUACAUGGAGGAUGGCAGGAAAGACGUCAUCCAGGAACCGAACGAACUCACCCACCCAUCCGUGCGCAUUCGCUAUCUCUAUGAUGGUCUUGGAUUGGACGACAAUGGCGACUGGGAAUGUUCUGCACUGACCAAGAAUGGGUACAAAUUGCAGAAGAGCAGCGUCCCUCUCCAAGUCGAAGACCCUCACCACAAGCACUUCAUUGCGUCGACGUACGAGGCGCUCAGUGGGACUGUCGCAUCAGUUCACGGAGGAUUGCCGAUCGACCCCAGUACCGAUCAUAAACUGGUCCUCCACCAGCUUCCUUUUGAGUCUGAUCUCUACCAAUUGGAGGAAGCGAAGAACAACUGGGUAUGGGAGAAGGACGGCAAGGUUCUGCCAGAAGAGCGCAUUGGAAUGUGGGAGAGGCUAUUCAUUGAAGUCAACCACAACCUCCUUUACAGACAAAAGGAGACACAGAGACUGAAGGAAGAGCGGGAAGCAGCUGAGCCCAAGAGCAAUGGCUGGUUUUCUGGCAUCCAGUCUUGGGCCGAGGAUAAGGCCAACACUGCACGCAGCGCUGCCGGUAGUGCUCUCACCAACACCGUGGGCAGACUGCUCCCUAGCUCCGGGAAGCUCAAGCCCGCGGACUAUCACCCGGACUUUGGGUAUCACGAUUUAGUCUCUUGGCAGAGAGGAGAUGCAAUACAAACUAGCAGAAAGAUUCGAGCCUAG